AUGGCAAGGCUAUGCUCUCUCCCCGCGCGGGCGCGGAAUUUCCCUAUAAACCAAUCUUCUAGCCGCCUGUUGAGUCGCUUCUCCACCUCGUCGCGACGGUCAAACUACGCCGAUACGCUUCCCAAUCUUAAGAUUGGGAAACAUACCAAGGUUUUGUUCCAGGGAUUUACUGGGAGACAGGCCACGGCCAAUGUCAAGGAGUCUCUGGCAUGGGGCACAAAGAUUGUAGGGGGCGUCAAACCGGGUGUUGAAGGCGAACACCUAGGUCUUCCUAUAUUCCCAUCCGUGCGGACGGCCCAAGAGAAGGCGAGGCCGGACGCCUCUGCUAUCUAUGUUCCCGGGAACCAGACCGCCCAGGCCAUUGAAGAAGCCAUCGCAGCUGAGAUCCCUCUAGUUGUGGCUGUUGCAGAGCAUGUUCCGAUCCAUGAUAUUUUGCGGAUCCACUCCAUGCUACAGACUCAGUCUAAAACAAGGCUUGUUGGCGCAAACGUUCCCGGUAUCAUUUCGGCGAUCGGAAAGUGCCGUAUCGGCUUCCAGCCGUUGCCCUGCUUUGCGCCCGGUAACGUAGGCAUUAUCGCCAAAUCGGGUACACUAAGUUACGAAACCGUCGCCUCGAUCACGAGAGCCGGGCUUGGUCAGAGUCUAUGCAUUAGCAUGGGGGGUGACUCCCUGGCGGGAACGAAUUUCGUGGACGCUCUAACCGUUUUCGAGAAUGACCCCGACACGGAGGGCAUUGUCCUAGUUGGUGAGAUUGGUGGCAUCGCGGAGAUCGAGGCUGCGGAUUGGAUCAAGGACUAUCGUCGCCGGACUACAAACCCUAAGCCCAUUAUGGGUCUAGUUGGUGGUCUGCAGGCUCCGCCUGGACGAAUUAUGGGUCAUGCAGGGGCUUGGGCAGCGCCUGGUGAGCCGGACGCAAAGACCAAGUAUCGGGCGCUGGAGCGUGCUGGGACGGUCAUGGUCAAUCACCCGGAGAAGUUUGGAGAGGGAAUGAAGACUCUCUUAAAUAGCCGGCCUCGUGUCGGUACAACAUCUGCCAGUUCGGGGAAUCAGAAGAGGGGUCUGCAUACAAUGCGGCGUGUUACACCCAAAACCACAACCCGGGCGCCGUUGAAGCAGACCAGGUCUCUCUACGUCAAACAGUUUCAGGCCCUUGACAUGCUGAAGGAAAAGUCGAUCGCAGUCCGUGAGGCUGCACCUUCAGAAGGUGACUUCUUCGUGACUCUCACCGUCGAUAGGACAUCAUUAUCUCCUUGCAUUCUUGCAUCCUCAACAGCGGACUUUGAACCCUCCCUCACGGGUCGUUUCCCGUUUUCUUACGCCAAUCCAGAUUUGGAUGGUAGAUCUUCGCUUAUGAAAGCUGUCGCAGCUCAUCUUCACACCCCAGCUGAGGCCUAUGAGAAUUUGGCACAGCUGAUCCAGAGUUUAUGGCAAAUAUUCAAGGAAAAGGAAGGCUAUCUACUUGAAGUUCGCGCGAGCUUGUCGACCAGUGGCCUGGAAGUCCGAGGAGCGCGGUUUGGGUUUGAUGAUGCAGCUUACAAGAGCUCAGGGCGUCAAGAAGAAGUUCAUAAACUGAGAAACAAGGCAGAAGAAGUUCCCGAAGAAGUGGAAGCAGAGAAGGAUGGAAUCGUCUACGUGAAGUUGGAUGGUGAAGGCAGCAUUGGCACAUUGGUGAACGGUGCCGGCCUAGCCAUGAACACAGUUGACGCCCUCACUAUCCACGGAGGGCACUGCGCGAACUUCCUCGACACCGGUGGCAAAGCGACUUCGGAGACAGUCAAGUCCUCCUUUCGGAUCAUCUGCUCUGACCCCCGGGUCAAAGCAAUCUUUGUCAACAUUUUCGGGGGGCUGACACGGUGUGACAUGAUCGCGGAGGGCAUCAUCCUCGCUUUCCGUGAUCUGCACAUGCAGGUACCGGUUGUGGUGCGAUUGAGAGGAACAAACGAAGAGGCAGGACAGAAGAUGAUCGCCGAGAGUGGACUGCCUCUGCACGCCUUUGAUGGCUUUGAGCCUGCUGCCAAGAAGGUGAUCAGUCUGGCUAAAGAGGCAUGAUAUGCUACAUAUACGAAUGUCGAGCACAUGUCUAGAUAGAAGAUACAUUGCCGUCAUCAAAUAGAGUC